AUGAAGGUCAAGGGUGACAACACCUACAAGAUACCGCACAUGGCGAAGGAGAAUAAGCAGCGACUGGGAAUCUUACCUCAGAACGUUAUGUGUUCUGUCGACAAAUUUGAUGCCGCACGCGCUGCCUUGGUCGGAGCGGACAGUGAGCGUCUGGAACGAGAGAUUGCUGCUGAGCUUGCGGAGGCGGUCGCGGUGAACGAGCUUGCGUGCCAAAUCGAAGAAAUUGUGUUGAUUUAUCCCCACGGCGUGGACGACAUGAUUGACAACGUUUCAACAAACGGCGACGAGGUUGUGGAAGUGACGCGGUCGUGGUGUCCUGUGCAAUACAAAUGUCAAGUCAUUUGGUCGUGUAGGGGGAACGGCACUCCCACUUAA